GAGUAAGUGCAAGUUCUCUUUAGACCUCGGAGCAGGCCCAGCAACUGCAGUGAAAAGAAUCCCAGGAGGAAACUUGGAUAAAAAUGGAGAAAAUUCUGCUUCAGGGUGAAAUUUCCAGAAAUACCCAGAAGAGAAAAGAAAACCAGAAAUCAGGAAAGCGUUCAGUUCCGCUAAUUAAACCAUGGAGUAGCCAUGAAAUCUGGAGUUUCCUGCAAGAAUGGGAAUUUCUUGAACAUGAAGUAUACUACGGAGUGAAGAAUAAUCUUGUAAUAUCAAGAGCAAUUUCCCAGCGUCUUUACCAGAGAGGCAUAAAGAAGAGUUGGAAAAAAUGUUCCCACAUGCUGACAAGUUUGGAGGAUCUGUACUGGACUAUCCGUGAGGCCAAUGAGAAACCAAGAAGUGAACCACUGCCUUGUCCUUACGGAGAGGCUCUACACAGGAUCCUGGGACAUAGACAGAAGGACAUUGACCUCUCAGGUCCUCUCUGUAAAUAUGCUGCUGCUGACCUCCUGCCUCCUGAGUACCAACCCAAGGACUGCAGUAUCUCCAUUUUCCUUGAGGAGCCACUGUGGGUCCCUCCAUAUGUGAUCUUCGUGGAGGAUCCUCAGGUACCUGGAUGGGAGUCCUGGAACAUGGACCCUGCAUGGACAAUUCCAUACAUGCUUCCUGCCAUUUUCCCAGGGGAACUCCACCCUGCAACAGAUCAGUACGCCUCCAUAAACUGGUGA